AUGAAAAAGACUUUCUAAAUAUUUUUGACAAUAGUAAGAGUAAUGAGGAGAAUUGAGUAAAAGAUUUUGAAUUAUCAAAAACCUAUGAAAUAAAAUAAUUAGGGUAUACUUCUUACCAUAAAAUUAAAUACAAAUAAAAUAAUAUACUGA